AGUGGCUUCCUUCACUCUUCUUCAGUUUUUUUGUUCAUCUUUCACUUCAUUCAUAAGCCAAACAAACCUAACUAGCUAGACCAGCUUGAGCUGGUCAAUACACGGUUUUGGCUGUAUGUCUUCACUCACUUCUUGAUCACAAACCCAACCCUUGCUACCACUCUUUCAUCUUCUAUCCCCCACUACAUCAUAACCCAUGCUGAUCUCCAACCCCAACACCAUGUCCGUACAAUCAAAAGUCAAAUUUACUGAAGACGUAUUCGCCACUAAGAAGCUCAUCAAGAACCACCACCACCACCAGCAGCAGGCGCAUCCUUCUUCAAGGAUCCGCGGCCAAAGACUUGUUAGAAUCAUCUAUACCGACCCUGAUGCCACUGAUUCCUCCAGCGACGAAGGAGAAGAACAAGAACAGGGGAGGAGGUUUGUCAGGAGAGUGAAUAGACAAGUGAGCGAGAUAAGAUUGCUAGAGCAGGAGACAACAGCACCAGGAGCUCCUUCUUCGAGAACUUCAAAUGAUGAUCAUCGAGACCCAACAAGAAAGAGACCUUCUUCAAGACUACCGGUAUCCGAUGUCCCUCGCCGGAAAAAAUUCAGGGGUGUCCGUCAGAGACCCUGGGGAAAGUGGGCUGCCGAGAUCCGUGAUCCGACCCAAGGGAAACGGGUCUGGCUUGGCACUUUCAACACUGCAGAGGAAGCUGCUACUGUCUAUGACAGAGCUGCAGUGGAUCUAAAAGGUCCUGACGCCGUCACCAACUUUCCUACUCAAUCCUUUUUGACGGUGAAAGCUAACGUCGACGGUCCAAGUGAGGUCCAGUGCGAGUCAUGUGACUCACCGUCUAGCAGUGGUGUUAACGCCAUGCCAUCACCCACGUCAGUCCUCCAUUACGAGGAGGUGACGCCGUUCGACCCUGUUUUGACCGAGAAGGCUAAGGUCAUCGACGAUCACCGCGAGUCAUGCGAGUCACCGUUAAGGUUAUCGAUGACUUCACCAACGUCUGUUCUUCGAUACGAGGAGUUAACGCCGUUUGAUAGCUUGGCUUACGGUGACGUUGACGCUUUUGGGUUUAAAAUUGACGUGCCGUUCGGCCUGCCGGAUUUAAUGUUGCCGGGGAAAUUCGUUGACAAGGAAGAAUUCGUUGACCUUGACGAUUUCUUGGUGGAGGCCAUUUGUUAAGAAAAAUGUCUUCAAGCGUGUGGUAAAAUAAUCAAUUUUGUGAAAGGUUUAGGGAGUGUAUUGUCAUUGACACUACCCAAGCACGACGUGGCAUGUUACGAUUAGUGUUUGAAGGCGUUAAGAGGAUAGAAAGGCGCCUAAUAUGGAUCGGAAUACCCAAAGUGCCCCCGUGUUUGAUGUUAGGCGUCUGGUUUGAUUAGUCAAACUACGGAGUGUAAUUGUAAAGUGGAGUAUUAAUUAAUCCAUAUUUAGCAAAUUAUAUGGAGAUUUUGUCCCUUGUUGGUAUUA